UGGGGUUAGAGUCCUCAUAAAAGCAACAAGCUUUCUCCAAACAGGUUGGAUCGGAAAAGGGGGAUCUACAGAGCCAGGCGCCAUCUACCACGGACUGGGUCCUGCUGAAGGUGAUCAAACGGAAGUGGUCGGAGCCGAGGUGGACAGGACCUUAUAAGAUGGUGGAGAGGACAUCUCAUGCAGUCAGACUGCAGGGGAAAGGAGAAAGCUGGUACCAUUGGAGCCAGUGUGCAGCUACGGAACCGCCAAUGAGAACUUUAGAACAAAUAAGAACAGAAAAAGAGUAGAAGGGUCUUAAACGUUUAAUGUUCGCAGGAAGAAGGUUCUGGAAAAAGGGGGGAGAGGUUCUCAAGAUUUCUAAGCAAAGUUGUGUAAAGGAUAUAAUGUUUAUCUCUGUAAGCAGCCCACAUUACUUUAGGCUGUGGAGAUUGGGAGUCUUUGCUAUUGUUUUAUGUAUAAGUGUUAUGCUGCUGUUAAUAGGAGUAUUAACCACGAGGGACAAACACACAGGCGAGGGAGGAAGUUCCAGGAACAAAAGAUCAACAGGACAAGAGGCGGAUAAAUGUUUAAAGGAGACGAGGAGCCAGGUACACAUCAGACACGAUUGAAAUCAUGCUACAACAUACCAGUUUGAUUUAUGCGAAGUAAUUGAUUGUGGCCAAGAUACAGGGACCUGGAGGGAGUAUGAUGUAUAUCUUUGCUUCUAUGCCAUUUACUAUGACCCAUGCCUGUCGUGGGAUAAUGUAUUAACAUGGACUGGGGUGCGAUGGACCCCCAAGAGGUCGUCACCUUCGGAUAAUAGAUGGAACAUUUGAGACCAUGUGAGCCUGACAAAGGGGCAACUCGAUCAUGCUUCAGAGCUAAAAAAUCCACUUUUGUUAACCCUGACAAAAUUUGAUAUUAAUCCUAGUCCAAAAGAGGUACAGAUUUACUGUGAGAGUGAUGACAGAAGCUUUUAUCUUGUAAUAGGUGUAGAUCAAUCUGGAGUGGAUAACAUGGGAUUAUUGAAGGUAACUUUAGUGGACCCUCCCAUGAGCCAUCCACAAACUGAAAAUACAAGUAUGGAGGUAGAAUCAAGUUCAGGAGUUGUGGUAAUAGACCACAACAACCUUACAAGAAGGGAUAUUAUUAAAUUAGCUACCGGGUAUGGGGAUAAGAACUUAUGGCUAGACUGGAUGACAGCGACCGCAACCUCAAUGAAUAUGAAUAAUUGUGUCGGGUAUUCUUCGGCAAGGCCAACUCUAUUUACUACCCCAGCCCCAUUGUUCCCUAAUAUAGACCCAACAGGAUUUCACUGCAUGAUGGCCCUCACCAUGCAGGCGGAUCCUCCAAAUUGUACCACCUUAAGUGCUAUUUUCCCACCUGUAAAGAAUUCCACGUUACCUCCAGUGUUUACUCCAAGGGCCAACAAUUACACGUGUUUUGCUCGAAAGUCAGAUAUAGUCUUGGGAGACAUCCCCGCUGACUGGUGUCAGGAUACGAUUAAUGUAACCGGUUGGCAGAAUGCUAGCAAAAUGGUUUGGGCCAGAGCUGAUCUUUUUUGGUACUGUGGAGAUAGAACACUGCAUAUUAGUCUACCUCCAGAUUGGUCUGGAACCUGUGCAAUGAUCAGGUUAGGGGUACCCUUAUUCCUCUUAGGAGAACGACAACAGGGAAUAAAUCCGUAUACACGAAUUCGCAGGGAUUUGUUUGAUGUCACAUCUGGCUCAACCACUUACAUAGAUGCAAUAGGUGUUCCUCGCGGUGUACCUGAUGAAUAUAAAUUGGCAGAUCAGAUAGCAGCAGGAUUUGAGAAUCUCCCAAUUAUCGGUGUUCUAUUCCCAGUUACGCCGAAUAAAAACGUUGACCGAAUUAAUUAUGUACAUUACAAUGUACUUAGGCUAGCUAAUAGAACUAGAGAUGCGGUGGCGGGACUCUCUGAACAAUUGGCAGCGACUUAAUUGAUGACAGUGCAAAAUAGAAUGGCUUUAGAUAUGUUGUUAGCAGAAAAGGGGGGAGUGUGCUCUAUGUUUGGAGACCAAUGUUGUACGUUUAUCCCCAAUAAUACGGCACCCGAUUGCUCGGUAACCAGAGCCCUGGAAGAACUAAGAACCUUGUCUGAAGAAAUGCAUGAACAUUCCGGUAUUAACAACCCUCUAGGAGGAUUGUUCGAUUCAUGGUUUGGGAAAUGGAAAGGAUUAAUUGUCUCUGUGUUUAUGUCCCUCGGAGGUAUGAUUAUUGUGUUAGUGUUGUGCGGAUGUUGUUGUAUUCCCUGUAUUAGAUCUUUGUUGAACAGGAUAAUUAUUACAGCAAUUGAAGGGAAGGCUCCCCUGCCCUUCCAGAUGUCACAGAUGGAGACGGAAACCAUGGCCUUGGCAAGAAGGGAAGACUAUGCAUCGGAGAGUGAAUGUGAUGUAAAGAACUGGUUGGUUGGUCUCAUUUUUAUGAGACCAAAAGGGGGACUUGUAAAUAUAUGGCUUACUUGUAAAACAGAAGGCUGGCUGCGAGUGUAAAUGUAUUCAGCAUUUGGAAGCCUGUGGUGACGCUGAGUAACGCACGCAGAAGGUGGUCACGUGACGUUCCGUUUCACGCCCCGGAUGAGUGCGAGGAGGUCAUGUGAUGCUCCGUUUCACGGGCCGAGGAGGUCACGUGAUGCUCCGUUUCGUGGGCAAAAGAAGGUCACGUGGGGUCGGACAUCCGGGAAUGCGA